AUGGACGAGUUGCCGACGAAGGAGACGAUUCAAGCCUCCUUUCAUAGUGCAUCAACUAAGCGCACGUAUGGCACAUACCAGCGGCAAUUCGAAACAUUCUUUCGCUCUGCCAACCCAGACAAAGUGCCCUUGCAAGCAACCACAAACGACUGCACUGAUUUCCUGCAGCACCUGUACGACGUCGCCCUUGGUGACUUGCUUGGUGGCCAAUUUGUUUCCGUUCGUCUGCGCUGGCACAAAAAAGCGAGUGUCGAAAAGGAGUACCAAGUGUAUAACCUGGUGGACGAGCGAGCGUAUCCGUGCCUCCGUGUGUAUGGUUUCUACAACGAGUAUGUGAAUGCCGUUGGAGCGACAUUGAUGAAUGUCACCAAGGACGCGUUUGUGUUUCCACAAGUCACGUGUGUGAUCAAUGGCAGCGUAAAGAUCAACUGGGCUAAAGCCAUGGAACAGAAUUUUCUGCGGAAACAAAUCAACGAUCUCGUUGAAAGCACCCCUUCGCUGUCGGUCAACAUCUCUUUCCACAGCAUGCGUCGUGGUGGGUGUUUCUACCGUGUGUUUGAGUCCCUGGACCGGAAGUUUAACUUCCGCGAAUUGAUGGCCUGGUGUCGUUGGGAAGACACCAAAAUGUGCUGCGAAUAUUUGGUAACGAAAAGUGUCAGUGACGCCAUCGACCCCCGACAUCUACUGCAGACGCGCCACCGAGAGCCGCACGGUGUCAACGUGGAACCAACCAACGUGGCGGAAAUUGUAGAUCAAAUUGCUCAAUAUGUAUUGACUCAUCUGCAGGGCGAUCGAACGAGCAGUGUCCUCAGCUCGUCGCCAGCUACUCCCAGUGAGCUGUCCGCGAUUGUCAACAAACAGCCUCCAUUGGCUCAGCGCUCGAUGCAGGACUUUGUUGUGCCAAAGAUAAUUCCAACUGCUCGGUCGGCGAAAGAUGCGUGGGAGCAGUGGUUCUCCGUCGAUCACAAAAAUGGCCGCCCCUGUGCCCUCAAAGACUACACGAAAUCAAUGAUCAAGUCGGACCGCAAAAAGUAUUCCGAACGGCAAACGAUCGCGACAGCAUUCAACAAGUAUCAGUCGUAUUCACACUUCGAACAAGCGUACGCGGGAUACACGAACACAUACUCCAAUCUGCUUCAUGAAGUUCGCAAGCGUAAACGAGAAAACACACUAUAA